CGUUCCGACAGAUUUGCAGACUGAGCUAAAUAAUCAAAGACAAAUACCAAACACAUACAACAACUUUCGAAAGGAUUUUUUACUUUGAUCAUCUGCAAGAAACUUCGUCUCAGGUAGAUCAUAAGAAAAUGGACAAAUUGAAGAUAGCGGAAUGGGGAGAGAAGCUGAAGACUGGUGGAGCUCAGAUGAGCAGAAUGGUUAGUGAGAAAGUGAAAGAUAUGCUUCAAGCUCCGACCUUGGAAUCAAAAAUGGUGGAUGAAGCUACUUUAGAGACGUUAGAGGAGCCCAAUUGGGGAAUGAACAUGAGGAUUUGUGCUCAGAUUAACAAUGAGGAGUUUAACGGAACCGAGAUUGUUAGAGCCAUUAAGAGGAAGAUCUCAAGUAAGAGUCCUGUGAGUCAAAGGCUGAGCCUUGAGCUUUUGGAAGCUUGUGCUAUGAACUGCGAGAAGGUUUUCUCUGAAGUUGCUUCUGAGAAGGUUCUUGAUGAGAUGGUUUGGCUAGUCAAGAACGGGGAAGCUGAUUCCGAGAACAGAAAGCGAGCUUUUCAGCUUAUUAGAGCUUGGGGACAAUCCCAAGAUCUUACUUAUCUUCCUGUUUUUCAUCAGACUUAUAUGAGCUUAGAAGGCGAAAACAGUUUUAACACUCGUGCUGAAGAGAAUUCAAUGCCGGGACAAAGUUCUCUGGAGUCUCUUCUGCAACGCCCUGUUCCAGUUCCACCACCUGGUAGCUAUCCAGUUCCUAACCAAGAACAGGCUCGUGGGGAUGAUGACGGUCUUGAUUAUAACUUUGGAAACUUAACGAUACAGGAUAAGAAAGAAAAGAUUGAGAUUACUCGGAACAGCCUCGAAUUACUCUCUAGCAUGUUGAAUACUGAAGGGAAGCCGAAUCACUCUGAGGACGAUCUAACGGUAAGCCUGAUGGAGAAAUGUAAGCAGUCGCAGCCAAUGAUUCAAAUGAUCAUAGAGAGCACAACAGACGACGAGGGAGUCCUUUUUGAGGCUCUGCAUCUCAAUGAUGAGCUUCAACGUGUUCUAUCUAGUUACAAGAAACCUGAUGAAACUGAGAAGAAAGCCUCCAUUGUGGAACAAGAGUCAUCAGGGAGCAAAGAUGCUGGUCUGAAACCAACAGAAGAAGAAGAACAACCUGUAAAGAAAACGGAUGAUGAUAAUGACACAAAUCAUUCUGAAUCAUCAGGCUCCUCCAACAAACCCGUGAAGGAGGAUAAGCAGGUGAAAAUAGAACUGGGGCUUUCGAGUGAUGAAGAUGAAAAAUGAGCAGUCUGUGGUAGUCUCCGACAUGGAUAUCAGAAUGUUGCGAAGAUUUGUUCUUGAUGGUUGCUUUUAAAUUAUAACAAUGUAAGGGUGGAACCUUUUUAGCUUCGUUUCUCGCUGUGUUUUAAGUGGUCCUUUUUAGAUAUUUUUAAACCGUAGGUGAAUCUUCACCCGACACAUUUAUACGAGGUGUUUUGGUCUACACUUAUCUACUUAGCUUAUAUGUGUUGUGA